AUGACACCACAUCCAGAUGUUCAGCUGCCGAUUAGAGAUCUGUGGGUAUCUCCUUACAAUGACAUUCGCCAUAGAAGAGGAUACAGUCUACUUCAUGAAGGGAAUUUGAGAGAGAAUGUGCAGCCUACUAAAACAAAAUAUAUUUCUGGAAAAGACACGAUGCAGGUUGUACUCAGACCAUACAUAUUUGUAGGACAAUGCUUUGGGCUUAUUCCUGUAAGGGGAAUUUUCAGUGAAGAUCCAAAAGACCUGAUGUUCUCAUGGAAAGCAAAACGAACUAUAUAUAGCCUUAUAAUACUUGCAAUAACAACAAUUAUGUCUCUAAUGCACAUAAGUGGUUCUCUGAAGUAUCAUGGACUUGGCUUCAAAAGUUUAGAUUAUAUUGUGAGAGGCUCAAUGUCAAUAGUGUACAUGAUCAUAUUCCUUGGCCAAGCCCGCUCCUGGCCGAAACUCAUGAUUGAAUGGAGCAAGACUGAAAGGCAAAUGAAACAUUUUCAUCCCAUCCUUGGGCUUUCUAAAAAGAUCUACUUCUUUAUUUUCAUGUUUGGCUUGGGAACUGUUUUGUUAGUAAUGGCUCGCAUAAUAGGCAACUUCCCGUCUUUUCAUCAGUGCUCUGAAGAUUUAUCAGAACUGUUCCUCUUAUCAGUGUACGCGAUGCAAUACUACAUCUUCUUAGUGACAGACUUCUCCCUCUACAAGACUGUUAUAUCUGUGGUGUUUCUGAUCCAUCGCUGUCUCAUGCAUGUGUACGACGAGCUGACAAUCAUUGUGUUCACGUACAGCCUCUACCUGCGAUUCCGUCAGUUACAAGAACACCUGUUCAAAGCAAAAGAUAAGAGAAUGCCAAUCACCUACUGGACUGAAAUGAGAGAAACAUACAACCAGUUGUCUCGUUUGACAAGACGACUGGACGACCAUCUCGCCUGGAUGACACUGGUCUGUUUUGCAUCAAACCUUUACAUUAUCUGCGAUCUCCUUCUCAGGACACUCAGCUUUAAGAAGAGCGGCAGCCUGACCAACUGGCUGACACUGUACAUUCUGUUGUUUACUCUGGUGAGGACGUUUGGAGCUGCAUUGAUGGCGUCAGCAGUUCACAAUGAGAGCAAGAAACUCCUCCCUCUGCUCUUCUCGAUCACUAGUGACUCUUACAAUAGGGAGGUUGGCAGGUUUCAAAUGCAGGUGAUACAUAGUGAGAUCAUGAUCACAGGCUACAACUUCUUUUCCCUCACUCGUUCCUUCAUUCUUACCGUUGCAGGAACAAUAGCGACAUACGAAGUGGUGCUGCUUCAGUUUGGACCACCAAAUGAGAUUAACUUUGCUCCUUUAAACAUAUCAGAAAUUUGUGUUCUUAUAAGCCAAAAGUAAAAUAACAGAACAUAUGUUAAAAUAUCACAUUAAAGUGAUAUUGUACGAAGUAUGGACAUAAUGUAACAUUUUUAUGAUUGUA